AUGGUGUCGCCGGCGGCGCGGCUCGUGGCGCAGGGCGUGUGGGCGGCGCUCACCGGCGGCUGGUACCACGACCCCGAGCAGGGCGCCUUCACCAACAGCUGCCACCUCUACCUAUGGCUCUUCCUGCUCACGCUGCCGCUCGCCCUGCACCUGGCUUUCCCGCCAAACACCAUCACAGUUUUCGUAUACUGCUGCUCAGUGACAACAUUCUUCACAAUAAUAAAGGUCAUCAGUUUUCGACUGCAUCUUAUGUUUGAUAAAGGUGAAGUAAUUCAACAAAAGAUCUCAAGAAAAAAUGGAAAGCAAUGUAAGGAAACAGAAGCCCCAAAAGGAAACACAGUUCAGCCCUCAAACUGUAGCAAUAACACAGGGGAUAAUGAUGUAAUUGGUGAGACCAACCAAAAUGACUCUACUCCAACAAGUGAAAGCAGUUCAGGAGGACAGGCUUUCCACUCACAGAACUCCUCUGCAGCGAUGGAGCUGCCAACACGUGAAACUAUUGAAGAUCUCAAAGGGAUUACAGUGUUACAAGACCAGACUGCACUACCAAUUUCAUCUACCUCACCCUGUAUCGAAGCAGAUAUAUUACCUGUUUCUACAACCUCUGCUUCAGGUUCCACCACAUCAGCAAUAGUGGCAAAACCAGCUGCUAUGGAAACAUUUUCUGGUAAUGGAAUAAAUGAAAAAGGAGAGAAGGGACAGUCACCUGGACAGCAUGGAUCACAAGAUAUUCUUGUGGACAGGGAUGUAGUUAAAAACUUCUCCAGUGUUUCUCCAUCACAGGGUGACAUUUUAAGGACUGGAGUUUCUUUGGAGCCAUGGGACAGUGAAAGUUCAGUUAUUUCAGACCACCUGAGUAACCCAAGAAGUUACAAAAGAGAGAAGUUGCCAGAUGGAUCCCCCCAGGCAAGCUUURCUAGCAACUGUCCCCAUUGCAAUGCCAUUGCAACCAGAAAUUCUGACCACCUUGAAGAUUCCUUUAAUGCUGAUAAUACUAAUGAGGACCUUGACUGCUCAGACAGUGAGACUGCUGUUGCUGUUGUUGACAACUCUCUUCCUGGAGACCAGCUAUGUGAACCCAUUAAAAUAGUUAUCACCAUGAGCAGUGCACCAGACACCCUCAGUGACAUAGCAGGCUCUGUCCGGCUAAGGGCUCCGGGCAUGGAGAGGUCAAGCUCUAGCAUCAUUACAGUAGAUCAGCAGAGCCAACAAACUAAUGAACAGCUCAGAAUUCCUGUUAUAACAUUUGAUUUGUCUGAUGACAGUAAAGGUAAGACUUGUCCAGAAGUCAGCGGAAGUGAAAGAACUCCAGAAGCUUUAAAGGCAGAGUUCUCAUCCAACCAGUGUUCUGGCUAUGAAUCUGGUGAUCCAGACAAUGCAGAGAAGGAGCACAGCAAUCCAGCAAAUACUCCUUUGGAAACUAAUACCCAUUCAGAUCCCCAGGACGAGAAUCCUUCUGAAAAUAUGCAGGUCAUGACUUUUGUCUCUAAAGAGGAUCAACAGAACCUAGAUCCCCAGUCCUGUAGAAGUGCGCAUGAAAAGAGGCACGUUCGGGUGCUGAGUGUUGACAGUGGGACAGAYGUACUUUUAAGUAAGAAUUUCAUAGAGGUACCUGACAAAGAAAAGACCUUGCCCACUUCUAAAUCAGAUCUGGAAGCUAAGGAAGGGCAGAUGCCCAAUGAAUCUAACUUCCUAGAGUUUGUCUCUCUCUUGGAGUCCAUUAAUACCUCAAAAACGAAGACAUCCAAUCAAUCCACUGUCAAAAUGGAGAACACGAAAGAAAAUGGCCCUGCUGGAGAUAGCCAGACGACAGAGAGAAAAGAAGAAAUUGUGGGAACAGAAAAACACUGUGACCAACUUCCUAAGCAGGAAAGAUCAGAUGUGCAAAGCCAAGAUCAUGCUAAUACUAGUCCGGUACUACCAGAGCCUGCCAAAUUUACAGCACUUUACCAGGGCAGCAGGCAAAGGCAGAUUAUCUACCGGGUAACUUCUCAGCAAGAUAGUUCUGUCUUGCAAGUAAUAAGUGGACCCGAGGCAUCUGUACAAGAUGAGCUCUCCGUGGAUGCCAUGCAUGUGUUCAUAGAUGAAAAUGGGGAAAUUAGAUCCUGUUAUUUAAAGGCUGGCUGUCAGAAGGAAGGAGGUUUUCGCCAUCAGCUGUCAAACUGUGGUUGUAUUUCAAAUGCUCAUGAAAUACAAUUCAGCUCCUCUAGUACUACCACUUCAGAGAGCCAAGAUCCAUCUUCAGGUGAUCAAGCAGCAAGCGCACUUCAGCAGCAACUCUUACUGAUGGUGGCACGAAGGACCCUUUCCGAAAACCCACGGCAACCCAGUCAGGACCUUGAGGAUUCCUCAUGUUCUUCAGUACAGCCGAAACUGAACAGGCAGUUUUACAAAUUUAUUAUAUUUCCUGGCAAAUGGAUUAAAGUCUGGUAUGAUCGGCUUGCCUUGUUGGCACUGCUGGACCGGACAGAGAAUAUAAAGGAGAAUGUAUUAUCUGUUCUUCUAGUAGUUCUUGUUUCACUCCUUGGAUUCUUGACUCUGAAUCAAGGCUUUUGUAAAGACAUCUGGGUUCUGCUAUUUUGUCUUGUCAUGGCUAGUUGCCAGUAUUCUCUCCUCAAGAGCGUUCAGCCUGAUCCUGCUUCACCCAUACAUGGACACAAUAAAAUCAUAACCUACAGCAGACCUGUAUAUUUUUGUAUAUUGUGUGGCCUUAUUUUGCUGCUAGAUGCUGGAUCUAAAGACUCCAACCCUUCAGUUUAUACAAUAUAUGGCUGGAAGCUCUUUUCACCUGGCUCUCUCCAGUCAGCCAGAGACCAUGUAAUAGUGUUUUUGUAUUGCUUUCCUGCAAUUUCUCUUCUUGGUCUUUUCCCUCAAAUCAACACCUUUUGUAUAUAUCUCUUGGAGCAAAUAGACAUGUUGCUUUUUGGUGGCUCUGCUGCUGCUGGGCUCAUGUCUGCACUGUACAGCAUUUCUCGAAGUUUUGUGGUUUUGGUUGUCCUGUAUGCCUUCUGCUUCAGUGCAGUGAAGGAACCCUGGGAUGCCCAGCACAUUCCAGCGCUUUUCUCUGCCUUCUGUGGCCUGCUGGUUGCCCUUUCUUAUCACCUCAGCAGGCAAAGCAGCGACCCGUCUGUGCUGAUGUCUCUCAUUCAAUGCAAGUUUGUCCCUCACUUUCUUCGUCAACAUUUUCAAGAUUCAUCAGCAGAUCCACUCCCAGAAAAGAUGAGAGAAUCAGUGAAAGAAAUCUUGAAAUCAGAUCUGAUUGUUUGCACAGUUGCUGCUGUUCUGUCAUUUGCAGUCAGUGCCAGCACAGUGUUUCUGUCAUUGAGGCCCUUUCUCAGCAUUGUGCUGUUUGCCUUAGCAUGGACUGUGGGGUUUGUGACCCAUUACGUACUUCCUCAGCUUCGCAAGCAUCACCCCUGGCUGUGGAUCUCCCACCCCAUACUGAAAAGCAGAGAGUAUCGACAACGGGAAGUGAGAGAUGCUGCACAUUUGAUGUGGUUUGAAAGGCUCUAUGUGUGGCUUCAGUGCUUUGAGAAGUACAUCCUGUAUCCAGCUAUAAUACUGAAUGCCCUCACCAUUGAUGCUUUCUCAAUUAGUAAAUACAAGAAGCUUGGUGCACAUUGUGAUAUUAUCCUGAUAACAGUUGCUGGGAUGAAACUUCUCCGCUCCUCAUUCUGUAAUCCUAUUAAUCAAUUUGUUACCUUGAGCUUUACUGUAAUAUUCUUCCAAUUUGACUACAAAGACAUUUCAGAAAACUUCCUCAUGGAUUUCUUCAUGAUGUCCAUUGUGUUUCACAAGCUGUGGGACCUGUUGCAAAAGUUACAGUUCAUCAUGACGUAUAUUGCUCCCUGGCAGAUUGCCUGGGGGUCGUCGUUCCACGUUUUUGCUCAGCUCUUUGCAAUACCUCACUCUGCUAUGCUUUUCUUCCAAACUCUGGCCACUUCAGCCUUUUCUACGCCACUGAGCCCGUUUCUUGGUAGUGUCAUCUUCAUCGCAUCCUACGCAAGGCCCAUCAAGUUCUGGGAGAAAAACUACAACACCAAAAGGUCGGACCAUUCCAACACAAGACUGGCAAUUCAGAUCGAGAAGGAUGCAGGAAAUGAUGAUAAUAAUCUCAACUCCAUUUUUUAUGAGCAUUUGACAAGAUCUCUGCAGGAGUCUCUUUGUGGAGAUUUGAUACUGGGCCGCUGGGGAAACUACAACACGGGAGACUGUUUUAUUCUGACAUCGGAUUAUUUAAAUGCCUUUGUGCACUUGAUCGAAAUUGGAAAUGGCCUUGUCACCUUUCAGCUCAGAGGGCUGGAAUUUCGAGGGACAUAUUGCCAGCAGAGAGAGGUGGAAGCUAUAACAGAAGGAGAUGAAGACAACGAAGGCUGCUGCUGCUGUAAGCCGGGACACUUGCCUCACUUGUUAUCGUGUAACGCAGCCUUUAACCUCCGAUGGCUGACAUGGGAAAUCACUCGCACGCAGUACAUCCUGGAAGGCUACAGCAUCAUCGAUAACAACGCGGCAACGAUGCUGCAAGUGUUUGAUCUGCGGAGAAUACUUAUCAGAUACUAUAUCAAGAGUAUAAUAUACUUUACAGCAAGUUCUCCCAAAGUCCUCCACUGGAUCAAAGAUGAAUCCAUCCAAAAGAUUCUGCAGCCUUAUGCAAAAUGGCAUUAUAUUGAACGUGACCUUGCAAUGUUUAACAUUAACAUAGAUGAAGAUUAUGUUCCCUGUCUCCAAGGAAUAACAAGAGCUAGUUUCUGCAGUGUGUACCUGGAGUGGAUACAAUAUUGUGCUGCAAAAAGGGCAGAGCACCUGGACAGUGAUGAGGAUUCUCCUCUAGUGACGCUUUCCUUUGCCUUGUGUAUCCUGGGGCGAAGAGCUUUGGGAACCGCAUCACACAACAUGGCCAUCAGUUUGGAUUCUUUUCUUUAUGGCCUCCAUGCACUGUUCAAAGGAGACUUUCGAAUCGCAGCCAAAGAUGARUGGGUCUUUGCAGACAUGGAUCUCCUGCACAAAGUCGUGGCCCCAGCCAUCAGGAUGUCUCUGAAGCUGCAUCAGGACCAGUUCACCUGCCCAGAUGAGUAUGAGGACCCAGCAGUUUUAUAUGAAGCAAUCCAGUCCUUCGAGGAAAAGGUGGUGAUUUGUCAUGAAGGGGACCCAGCCUGGCGCCGUGCUGUGCUCUCCAACAGGGAAGAGCUGCUAACCCUGAGACAUGUGGUAGAUGAAGGAGCAGAUGAAUAUAAAGUUAUCAUGCUGCACAAGAGCUACUUGAACUUCAAGGUUAUCAAGGUGAACAAGGAGUGUGUCAGAGGGCUCUGGGCUGGGCAGCAGCAGGAGCUGAUUUUCUUGCGCAACCGUAACCCGGAAAGAGGAAGCAUCCAGAACAAUAAGCAGGUCUUGCGGAACUUGAUUAACUCUUCGUGUGAUCAGCCACUAGGAUACCCAAUGUACGUUUCCCCUCUAACCACCUCCUACCUCGGGACACACAGCCAACUGAGGAACAUUUGGGGGGGACCUCUCAGUUUGGACAACAUUAAAAAGUGGUUCAGAUCCAAAUGGUUAAGGAUGCGCAAGGACUGCCACGCGGCGCAGCAGGAGCGGCGCGACGCGGAGGAGCUGGAGAGCGGCGCGGCGUCGGGCAGCGGCGCCGGCAGCCAGGGCGGCAGCUCGCAGCCGCACACGCGGAGCGGCACCCCGCAGCUGCGCCCGCCCGCCCGCCACCUGCCCCCGCACACAGGCAGGCGAAAGCUCAGGAGCGGCUCCGUGCAGGCUCACACGGCCUUACACCCACGGCCUCCCGUUCCAAGUCACUCGGGGCCCGUUGUGGACGGUCGCCAGCCCUUCAUGCAGACCUCGAGCUCUGCCCACGAGAUGGCCCCGCGGCGCUCCCACAGCCAGCGCUCCCUGCACAACUCGGAGACCUCCGUGUUUUCCCAGUCUCCCGCUGCUGCCGUCGCCGGCCAGCUGACCGUGCAGGAGCAAGCUGCAGCCAUGCUCAGGUCCAGCCUGGCCUCCUCCACCAGCUCAACGCUCAGCCUGCUCUUUGGCAAGAGGAGCUUCUCGAGCGCCCUGGUGAUUUCGGGGCUCUCGGCGGCGGACGGCGGCAACACCAGUGACACGCAGUCCUCCAGCAGCAUGAACAUCGCCCUGGGGCCCUCGGCCAGGGCAGCCACGCAGGCCGCGCGGCAGCUCGCGGAGACGGGCGGGCCGAGCGAGGCGGCCCCGCGGCUGCGCAGAGCAGCGGGCGCUGCCGGCGCCGCGGCCCCCGGCCGGCGCGGGGAGUGCCGGAGGGCCAGCCAGGAGGACAUGGCCCUGGACGACACGGGCUCCCCGUCCCAGCAGAGCCUCUCGGAGGAGCAGUGAGGGCG